UCUUUCCUUCCGGCUGACGUCGGGUGGGCGUGCAAGGGGGCGAGGACCCGGUGUUCGAAGAGUCUGCGCUCGUCCCGCCUGAGCGGCAGUGACAGUUCGUGCUGACGGUUGUUAUUGUUGUUUACUUGUCAUUGCCCCUUGAUCUGUGGACUAUGGCAUCAGCAAUCUGCACGGGGCACGCCAGUAGGGUGGCUCAGAUGGGACGUGGGGUCAUUCCUUCCGACCUGCGGCGUCCGCCUCGGGUGAGGGCUGCUGAGAGCCGGGUGUCUGCGCGGCCUUCCGAUCUCUCCGUCCGUGUGACACCUGAAAGAGGGUGAGCUCUCACCUAACUAGAAAGCUUGCUUUCUUACUUCCCCAAACUCUGAAGAGGAAGUCCUCUCUUGAACUCGAACACUGAAAUUCUAACCAUUGUAACUAAUUGGGAUGAUGAACAGCCAAAUGAAUGGGAGCAUCUGUGGGCCUGGCAAGUCCAGAAACAAAUAGGUUACUUAUGAGGAUCAUUUACUAUAAUAUCAAGCUAUGAAGAAAAACUCCCAGAGGAACCACCAUUCAAGAGAAUUGAGCUCAGAGGAUGCUGAGAAGGAAAAGAAAGAGAAUCAAAAUAACUUUGUUGAACUGCUGCCUCCAGAAGUUACUUUUAAAAUUUUCAGUCAGCUGGACAUCCGGAGUUUGUGCAGGGCUUCUAUGACCUGCAGGAGCUGGAAUCAAACAAUAAGACACAGCGACUCCCUGUGGAAACCUCAUUGCCUGACUGUGAGAGCUGUGUGCCAAAGAGAGAUAGAUGAUGAUCUAGAGAGUGGUUAUCCCUGGAGGGUAAUACUCCUGAGGAAUUACCAGAAGAGUAAAGUGAAACAUGAAUGGCUAAGUGGCAGAUAUAGCAACAUAUGUUCUCCCAUUAGCCUACCAGAAAAAAUCAUGUACCCAAUGGAUGCGGACACAUGGGGAGAAAUUCUAGAAGCAGAACUGGAAAGAUAAGAAAAACCACACAAAGGUCUCCUGACUUUGAGAGUUUAAAAUGAAAAUGACUCUUAGGUUAUAAAAGAUAUAUCUUUAUCCAUCCAUUUUUUGUUUGCCUUUUUACUAUUUAAUACUUCAAAGAAAACUAAGUAUAAAAUAUUAUAAAAAUAGAACUUUGUUUUUAUUGUGCACUUUAGUUUUAAAAUGUUUCUGGUUUUACUGUAAUGUGGAAAAUCAUGAGAUGUUAUUUAUUAUAAGAAAUACUAUAUUGAUAGGGUGAUUUCAGAAUGUAUUGUUUCAUGUAUUUGUGUUAGUCUGUUGCAGUUCUUUAAUGAUAAGAGUUUGAUUGGUAUUUUCUGCUUCAUGAUUAUUCAGAAAUUCAGGAAACCAUUUGAAGAAACUGACUUAGAGACUUAUUCUUUAGCAGACAUAUCUAGGGUCAGAGAAGAUCCCUAAGUGAAAUUAAUAGCAAUAUGUUUAAAUGUAUAACAAAUUUAUAUUUCAAUCACUUUAAGUUUUCUGUUUCAGUGGAAUCAGAUUGAAUUGUCAAGCAUUAAAAUCCUUUGUAAAUGUGGUUAACGUGUGGUUAGUUUAAAAAUCAGACCAGAGAGCUAAAACUUGUGAAAUUAAGAUUCUCAUUACUGGCCUACAAACCUGGAAUUGCAUUCGGGGGCUGAAAAUAUAUGGAAAGCUUCCAAAACAUAUGUGGAAAAUAUAAGGAGCGCUUCCAAACACGUAACUGCCCUCAGAACCUCCACACUAUUUUUUCUUGGCAAAACUUACCUUCUUUCUGACAGCAUUAUAGCGCCAUCUAGUGUACUCCUUGUAGAUAACCAAGGUAGAGGACUUGAGCUCCUUUUUGUUUUCUCCACACUUAAAAUAUUAUUUUAGAGAAACCUAUAUACUUGAUUUGGUUGGGUUUAUUGCUUUAUAGGAAUCUUUAGCUUUUGUUAUCUUUUUUCUUAAGAGUAGAUGCUAGAGUAUUCACUAUACUAGAUUGUUUAUUCUGAAGCUCUGAUCAGCACCAUGGUGUCUACAAAACCUUUUAGCUAGUGUUGGGUUUUCUUUUUACAGUGGGCUCUGUAACAUGAAAAUAAGAGUCCAGGAAAUAAGUAUUGAAUAGAUCAGAAAAUAUAAGAACGAUGCCUCCAUGCUAAAUAUAUUCCCUUGUUGGAUCAAUUGGUUGUCUCCUACUAGCUUCUUGGAGUUAGAAGGGACCUUGACAAUCAGGCAGUCCAGUCUCUAGGACUAUUCAGGAAUAGUUCUUCCUCUCACCCAUGAGUAACUCUUUUCUUGGCAAAUUCUUUUCAUCCUGACCUGAAAACCGUCCCUAAUUUCCACUGGAUUAAGUGACCUUCUUAAGUUUCCCAUAGUUCUUUGUACAUACUGUUCUCAAAGCUGUCAGACUACAUUAAAAUGUCUGUUUUAUUUGUCUUUCUCCCCCUUUAGACUGUGAGCUUCUUUAUGGCUGGGACCAUUUAUUUAUUUUUUUUCCAGGUUCCCAAACAUGGAAUAUAGUAGCUAUUCCAUAAAGACUUGUUAAAUUAUUUCUAUAUUAUUUAUUUCAAUCCUACCCAGAAUAUAUAAUAAAAACCAUUUACCAUAUGGUUAAUGGACAAGAUUGUAUUGAGAUGCAAUGUUCAACCCAUUAAGAUAAAUGGAAUGCUUAAUAUAAUGCUGGUAUGGGAAGAAUUAUUCUUAUUUUCUUAAAAGCUGUAAGAGAAAAAUAGGAAAGCAGGAAUAUUAUAAUUUUUUGAAUAAACAUUUGAAAAUACCUUAA